CAGAGAAUUAGCAACCAUCUCCCGCAUCUUCCUUGUCGGAGUCCAAUACUGCACAAUGAGGGCAUCUGGGGUCGCCAGAUGGCUCAAUUGCCGUCUGCUGUCAGGCGCCCAGCAGAUCAGCUGUGGCAGCCGCCAACUUAAUGUCUCUAUUACUGUUCCCGCCUUGGAAUCCCGCCGAGCCUUCAGCCAGACGAUGCUGCGUCCCACCAGCGCCGCCCAGGAAGCUCUGAAGAAGGCCCAGGAAGAUGCUGCCGGCUUGACUAUCGAGUCUGUCGCCGCCAACAUGAACCCCGAGGAGGCCAAGCGACUGUCCCGAGUCCGCAACAUCGGUAUUGCUGCACACAUCGACAGUGGCAAGACGACUGUCACUGAGCGAGUUCUGUUCUACACCGGCCGAAUCAAUGCGAUCCACGAGGUUCGAGGCAAGGAUGCGGUCGGAGCCAAGAUGGAUUCUAUGGACCUCGAAAGGGAAAAGGGUAUCACCAUUCAGUCCGCAGCCACUUUCUGCGACUGGAAGAAGGUGGAAGACGGCAAAGAGGAAACCUACCAUUUCAACUUGAUUGAUACGCCCGGUCACAUUGACUUCACCAUUGAGGUCGAGCGAGCUCUGCGAGUUCUCGAUGGUGCCGUUAUGAUUUUGUGCGCCGUUAGCGGUGUGCAGUCUCAGACCAUCACCGUGGACCGACAGAUGAAGCGAUACAAUGUCCCCCGCCUCUCCUUUAUCAACAAGAUGGACCGAAUGGGUGCCAACCCCUGGAAGGCCGUCGAGCAGAUCAACUCCAAGCUCAAGUUCCCCGCCGCCGCUAUCCAGAUCCCCAUUGGUGCCGAGGACGAGUUCCAGGGUGUCGUUGAUCUGAUUAACAUGCAGUCUAUGUACUUUGAAGGUCCUCGCGGUACCAAGGUUCGCGUUUCCGAUCAGAUUCCCGGCCCCCUCCAGGAAUUCGCCAAGGAAAAGCGACAGGAACUCAUUGAGAAGCUCGCCGAUGUCGAUGAUGAGAUGGCCGAGCUCUUCCUUGAGGAACAGGAGCCCACCAACCAGCAGAUCAAGGAUGCCAUUCGCCGCUCUACCGUCGCUCGAAAGUUCACCGCCGUCAUGAUGGGCUCUGCCCUCGCCGACAAGGGUGUGCAGCCGAUGCUCGACGCUGUUUGCGACUAUCUCCCGAACCCCUCUCAGAUUGAAAACAUGGCCCUCGACAAGUCUCAGAACGAGAAGUCUGUCCAACUGGUUCCCUACAACUCCCUGCCCUUCGUCGGACUUGCCUUCAAACUUGAGGAGAACAACUACGGACAGCUCACCUACAUCCGCGUUUACCAGGGCAAGCUGUCCAAGGGAACCUACCUGUUCAACUCCCGAACCGACAAGAAGGUCCGAAUCCCCCGUAUUGUUCGCAUGCACUCCAAUGAGAUGGAGGAUGUCGCCGAGGUUGGUGCUGGCGAGAUCUGCGCCGUCUUUGGUGUCGACUGUGCUUCCGGUGAUACCUUCACUGACGGUGGUCUCCCUUACACCAUGUCUUCCAUGUUCGUUCCCGAUGCCGUCAUGUCACUUUCAAUCAAGCCCAAGCGAAGCGGCGACGCCGACAACUUCAGUAAGGCCAUGAACCGAUUCCAGCGCGAGGAUCCCACCUUCCGCGUUCACGUUGACGCUGAGAGUGAAGAGACCAUCAUAUCUGGCAUGGGUGAAUUGCAUCUCGAGGUCUACGUCGAGCGUUUGAGGCGAGAGUACAAGACGGACUGCUCCACUGGUCAGCCCCGUGUUGCCUACCGUGAGACCAUCUCCCGACGCGCCGAGUACGACUACCUCUUCAAGCGACAGAGUGGUGGUCCUGGUGAUUUCGCCCGCGUUGCUGGUUGGAUCGAGCCCAACGACAAGCCCGACGAGAACCACUACGAGAGCCAGGUUGUUGGUGGCCAUAUCCCUGACAAGUUCCUCACUGCCUGCGCCAAGGGUUUCGAGGCCGUUACCGACAAGGGUCCUCUUCUGGGACACCGAGUUAUUGGAGCCAAGAUGAUUGUCAACGACGGUGCCACUCACGUCACUGAUUCUUCCGAUUACUCUUUCAACCUGGCCACUCAGAUGGCGUUCCGCAAGGCGUUCCCCGAAGCUGGUGGCCAGGUCCUGGAGCCCCUCAUGAAGACAACCAUCACGGCUCCCAACGAGUUCCAGGGCAAUAUCCUGAUGCUCAUGAACAAGCGAAACGCGACCAUCCACGACACUGAUGUCGGAAGCGAGGAUUUUUCUCUCAUCUGUGACUGCAGUUUGAACGCCAUGUUUGGCUUCAGCUCGCAGCUUCGUGCCGCUACUCAGGGCAAGGGCGAGUUCAGCAUGGAAUUCAGCCACUACGCCCCGGCCCCUCCUCAUCUGCAAAAGGAGUUGGUUGCCAAGUACCAGGCUGAGCUUGAGGCUAAGCGAACUAAGUAAGGUGUUGAAGGCGUAGAAGGGAAAAUGGCCCCUGGCACAGAGUGAUGCGAAGGCGAGAAGAGACACUCUUCAGACGGCGUCAUGUUGUAAAAUACGCACGAGAUGAUGAACGACUUUGUACCAUAUUGCCAUCUAGUCACUAGACGGUGGCAUCAAGAUGUUUGACGACACAAUAGACGGGGUCAGAAUGGAGAAAAACCAGGAAGCCCGGUAAUGAUGGCACAAGGAAAAGAGAUGGAUAAAAG